UUUCAAGGUUGUCAGUGCAGAAUGAUCCCGGCUGAGACCCCGAAUCUUCGGAUGAGGCAAGUGUGUGGUGCGUUUCCGGAUGUACCUCCCGUGGGAGGCUCUAUUCAGACCGCUGGGCCUCUUGACUGGAAGCUUGGUCUUUGGACCGCUGGCAUUGACUUCACCCGGGUUCCAGACCUUGUGAAAAUCGGCACUUUCACAAGGUCCCCUGGGGAGUGUCUGUGCACACCAAAGUGUGAAAAUGCAUCGUUGUCAGGAUCCGUGUUGCCAAGAAAAGUGUUGAUCACCAGUUAAGUGGAAGGAGAAUCUUGAAAAGGAGCACACUAUAACCCAAAUGCUAAUGUCACAGAAAUAGGCGCUGAAGUGCUAAAGUGUGGGCGGUGCCCCCCGCCCCCCCCCCCGUUAAUGUAAGGUAGACAGAUUUAGUAAGUAAUAUAUAACUUAAUUGGUUGUUUACCUGAGCAGCAUACCUUGCGUAAAUAGACUACAGCUGAAAUUAGGGUAACCUUGUAUAAUUCUCAAACACGAAUGCCAUUUCUUCUUUAAAGAGAGACGUACGUCCUUAGCCAUCAUUUACUCUACACUUAGGUCACUCAAGUGCCGAAUUAUUAGCACUCAUUGACAGGGAUGUUUGUAGAAUGAAAUCAGGUCUAGCCUAGAGGUGGAGCACAAAUUCUUUUCCCCCAGGUGACCUUAAGCAGGGCCCAGACUUAUAGCCUUUUUUUUUUUUAAUCUUAUAUCUGGGCUAGUUUUAUGCAACUUGACACAAGCUAGAGUCAUUUGGAAAGAGAGCUCCGAACCGGCAUAAGAUUUACCUGUAGGCAAGUCUCUGGUGCAGUUUCUUAUUUAUUGAUUGACGUGGGAGGACCCAGCCCUCCGCCAGCACCAGUGGAUGAUGCCAUCUUUGGGCAGGUGUUCGUGGGUGCUAGCAAAGGGUAAGCUGAGCAAGCAAGCAAGCAAGCAAGCAGCGCUCCUCCGUGGCCUCUGCCUCAGUUCCCGCGCUGACUUCCCUGGAUGAUGGACUGUGAUACACAAGUGCAAUCGACAAAAAUCCUUUCCUCCCCAAGUUGCUAUCGGUCGUGAUGUUUUAACCCAGGAAUGGAAACCCUAACAAAGACACCAUUUAAAUCGGAAAAAUAACCACGUACAGUUCGUGAGGAUCCUGCACCAGAAUGUGCUUUGUGAACAUUAAGGCAUCCUUAUAAGUCCUUAGAGUUUAUGUUCUAAGUUACUAAACCGUAGUUCUAAGCCAUCUUGAAGAGGGGUGCUCUCCAGUGUCUGGUCUUUCCAAAAACCCAAGUGUCAUCUGGUCUUUAUGUGGCUCCGCUGGAGUUGUUCCCAGGAGCAAAGCCUCCCCACCCCGACCCGCUGAGGCUUCCUGCUAGCUCUGCACCCAGCUGCCCUCCGGAAGUGGGAGAAGUUCUCAAUCUGCCGGCUCUAGGACUGUGCGGAGCAGCAGAAUCCGGCCGCCCGGCCCAGCCCUACACAGAAACUCGGCAUUGUUGCAGCACCAUUGGCUGGAGAGGCGCCUGACGGACAGCCCCGCCAGCCAGUGGAAGGCCGCCCUUGCCAAGCAGCCCUCUUAUCAGAGCCAAUCGUGUAGGGAUGGGGCUUUAACUCUUUAAGGUGAGUUGGCGGCGUGUGGGAAAGUUGGUAGUAAAAGUGCCACGUCUUCCUGGGAGGGUGAGGUUGCCCGAAGCCAUCGUCCGCUUUCAGCACCGUUUUAACUCUAUGAAGGAGGGGGCCCUUUCUCUGUUUAGGUAACAUGAGGUUUUUCUUGUGGAACGCGAUCUUGACACUGUGGAUCACGGCUUUGAGUGGAGCUAUGAUCCCUGAGCCAGAAGUGAAAAUCGAAGUUCUCCAGAAGCCGUUCAUCUGCCAUCGGAAGACCAAGGGAGGGGAUCUGAUGUUGGUCCACUACGAGGGCUAUUUAGAAAAGGACGGCUCUCUGUUUCAUUCCACUCACAAACAUAACAAUGGUCAGCCCAUCUGGUUUACCCUGGGCAUUCUGGAGGCUCUCAGAGGCUGGGACCAAGGCUUGAAGGGAAUGUGUGUGGGAGAGAAGAGAAAGCUUGUAAUUCCUCCCGCCCUGGGCUAUGGCAAAGAAGGAAAAGGUAAAAUCCCCCCAGAGAGCACUCUGAUAUUCAACGUUGACCUCCUGGAAAUUCGAAAUGGGCCACGGUCCCACGAGUCAUUUCAAGAAAUGGAUCUCAAUGAUGACUGGAGACUCUCCAAGCAUGAGGUUAAAAUGUAUUUAAAGAAGGAGUUUGAGAAGCACAGUGCAGUGGUGAAUGAAAGUCAUCAUGAUUCUUUGGUGGAGGAUAUUUUUGAUAAAGAAGAUGAAGACAAAGAUGGAUUUAUAUCUGCCAGAGAAUUUGUAUAUGUGCAUGAUGAAUUGUAGGGAAGCACCUGCCAUGUUAUACACGUUUGUCUAAAGGGAAGGUAGCAUCUUUUUUUUUUUUUUUCUCCUUUCACUUUGGUUUUUUGAGACAGAGUUUCUCUGUGUAGCCUUGGCUGUCCUGGACUGGCUUUGUAGACCAGGCUGGCCUUGAACUCACAGAGAUCUGCCUGCCUCUGCCUCCCUAAGGGGAAGGAGGCAUUUCUUUUUCUUUUCUUUUCUUUUCUUUUCUUUUCUUUUCUUUUCUUUUCUUUUCUUUUCUUUCUUUCUUUUUUUCUUUCUUUCUUAUUUUUCUUUUUUUUGAAGGUGGCACCUUUAAACAAAGUGUUUGCUUUGCUUUGUUUGUUUUUAGUUUUACAUAAUUUUCUAUUAUUUAAAGAACCCCAGAGACUUUGUAAAUAUCCGUAUCUUCCUGAUAAGUUAUUGGGAAGAAACAGCUGUCUUUGAGUAGAGGACUUCUGGGCCUUUUCCAUGUUCUCAGGCAGAAGCUUGUCUUGCUGGCUUCCUUCUAGUGGCAACAUGUUGCAACAGCAGAUGAACACAGUGGCACAAAUCAGUACCCUGUACUCUGCCUCCCUCUGUUCUCUCCAAGUCAAGUUAUUGACGCACUCGAAUGCCUCUGCUGUCUUCAUCUUGCACUGAAGUAGUUUUUUCUUUACUGUCUUGCAGUCUCUGCUUGGGGGCAGGAAGCAUACGGUAGGCUUUAUUCCAUAGCAACUUCGGCCUCACUGUGGAGAUUUGCAGUGUGGGAUAAACAAUGGAGUCACAAGCUCAUGAAUAGGUGUGCAUGGAAACAUUCUGCAGAGACUUCCUAGUGGCUAAUGACUUAUUAAGAUGAGUCAGACAAAUAAUUUAUGUGGUCUGUUCCUUGCAUUCACUGCUUCCUUGUAAUCAAAACUCUGGUAGGCAUGGCAGAGAGUUGUAUUUAUGGUCAAUGUUUACUUUCAAGGCUAUCAGGUUUAGGCUUCUGUUUCUUCAAUAAGUAAUGUUUACAGCUAGUGUAUUAUUUUGCAAUAACACUGAAUCAUGGGAGAAUUUAGUAUGUCAACUGGACUUUUCCCGUUUCUGACUCAUCAAAAAUGAGGCUGACCAAUAACAACUAUUCUCACGACUAAUCCUGGGUUUGAAAAUUGACUUUUAUCAUUUUAUCUCAAAUUGGCUUCUUAAAAUUAUUUUGUUAGGAAUAGUUUCUCAUACUUUAUAAAAUGUAUCAAGUGUACUUUGCCUGACUGGCAGUGUUCUGACAGCCAUGGGAAGCUGCUUAUGGUACUUCUUUAUAGAUGAGAACUGCUGUAAGAGAUUGACUGAUGAGCCCAGUGUUGGUGGUUAAGCUGUGGGAGCAUCUUUGUUCCCUGAGGUCAGACUUUAACUUCUCCACCAAUAAAGAAGCAGGGUGUUUGCUUGUAUCUGUUGGGCCCCAUUUCCCUUGGGAUCUUUACCUCUAUGGACAGUUCCUGCUUCUUCAUGGCUGAUCAUAGCUCUCCUUAGGAUUCAAGAAGGUCUGUGUUUUCAUAGAAUAAUCUUCACGUUUGCUUUGAAUCGCCUCAGUCUCCCUCUCAGUGACCAGUGAGAGGGGCCAGGUUUUAGUUCACUCAUCCUGUCAUCUCUUUUUGUUUGUAGAAAUUAGAUUGCUUCACUAAUUGACAUUUUCCUCACCAAAACAUGUUAGUGGGAAGAAUAUACUCUAAAACCUGUUCUUGAAGAUGCUGGGUCUAACUAUAAAACAGCUGUCACCACUGGCAUUUCUCUGAAGCUGGGGAGGUUGUAAGAAGGCCUGUAGAGGAAGGACAGUGGUGUGUCUCGAAGGCUGUUUUGCACCAAGGCUGCUGCCACCAUCUGUGCUGGAGCAAGGAAGGAAAAAGAAUCUUGAUUAUUCAGUUAAAUGAAUUUGUAUCUGUUCUCAGCGAAACCUUCAAACAGAAAAGUAUGAAAGGAAGACAUACCCAUAGAUAAUGGUUGUUUAAGCCAUUUGCCUGUUUGUAUAGCAAUACCUUUGCACCUUCCCAUUAGGGGGAAUAAUCAAACACCAACUGUGACUUCACAUGUGUGUAAUUGACUCAGAACUGCUCUAUGUGACAUAUUUAAAUUUCUAUGUCUAUUGUGAUACUCUGAGAAUAAAGUUUAUGUGGGAAAUAA